UCAUCAAAACCAAAACCAAGACAUAUUACAAAGGAAACGAAUAAAUCCAACUAGUGGAAAUGAGUUGCCAUUAGUAACUGCUUUAGUGCUUUAUCACCUUUAUUAUUAACUUUGUUUAUUAGUUUACAAAUUUUUAUUCUCUUUCUUGUGUGCUUAUAAUAAAUAGAGACAUGGUAACUGCUGUUUGUUGGUCUGUAGAUUUGAUUAAUUAGCUGCACAAACAAACAAGUGAGUAGCAGCUGGAAAUCUUGGAAAACAGAAGUAGGGGUAUCUGCAAUAGUGACUGGGGGUAAUAUUUACACACGCAGAUUUUACAAUGGGAUCAUCAUCGGGACAAGGUGGUGGGAGUAACUACGAUCUGUCGUUUAAGAUCUUGCUCAUCGGAGAUUCUGCCGUCGGCAAAAGCAGCCUUCUUCUCACUUUCAUUUCCAAUUCUGUUGAUCAAGACAUCUCUCCUACCAUUGGUGUAGAUUUUAAAAUCAAACAGCUUAUGGUUGGUGGGAAAAAGUUGAAGCUAACAAUUUGGGACACAGCUGGACAAGAGAGGUUCAGGACAUUGACAAGCUCCUACUAUAGAGGUGCCCAGGGAAUAAUUCUUGUUUAUGAUGUUACAAGGAGAGACACCUUUACUAACUUAUCAGAUGUAUGGGCAAAAGAAGUGGACCUCUACUCCACAAAUCAGAAUUGUGUCAAGAUGCUUGUCGGAAACAAAGUGGAUAUAGAAUCAGAAAGGGUUGUAAGUAGGGAAGAAGGGAUUGCUCUGGCAAAAGAACAUGGAUGCUUAUUUCUUGAAUGUAGUGCUAGAACUCGAGAAAACGUGGAGCAAUGCUUUGAAGAGCUUGCACUAAAGAUAAUGGAGGUUCCAAGCCUUUCAGAAGAAGGGUCAAGUGUAGUUAAGAGAAACAUACUAAAACAGAAGCCAGAAUACCAGACACAAAGCGGUGGUUGUUGCUCUUAAGAUGCUUGAGGAUUCCAACUUGUUACAGAAUGUGUGAGAGAUGAUGAUAUUAAGAAUCUAUCUGGUUCAUGUAAAUGAUGACUUCUUUAAUCCUUUUUUCUUUUCUAUCUUACUGAUGUGUUUGAUUUAAAUGAUGAAAUCGCUAGUUUGUUUGAAGUUGUUAUCCAUCGAAUUUCGGCUUCUAUCAAUUUGUACCUAACUUUCAAAAGGAAAAGAAUUGCCUGAACUAUCAAGUUAUCAGUA